AUGGGCUCGUCAUCUUCGAAACCAGCUCGGAAGCUUGGCUCAGAGGUAGCCUCUACCGUCUCUCGUUCUGUCCCCUCCGCAGCUAAGCCCUCCGCCAACGCUGUUCGCGCACAGCCAGGAAAAGCACCGCCGAGCGAGUAUGGAGCUGCUACAGCCAAGCAAGGCAGUCAAUAUGCUCCGCCAGCAUCGACUAGGCGCGAGCAAGAGAUGCAGCGACAGCAACAGCAGGCGAGUGAGACGAAGUCGGCUGACAUCAUGCGCGAUGCUUACGAUCCGCAGUUCCUUCAGAACCUGACCCGAUUGGGACAGGUAAAGGUACCAAAGAACGCGACCAAUUAUCAACCUACCGAUCAAAUGCUACGCAUUCUCGAAGCACGAGAAAGAGCCAGUCUGGACAGCCUUCAAACCGCCAAUGCUCUAUCCGCCUCUUCCAGUACCGCCACCACCCAAACUACGCCAACAACUAGAACCGGUCCACCUCGUAUUUCUGCGAAUACAAUCACCUUGCUUCUUGACGACCGAAAACACUGCGAAACGCAAAAAGACCUCGAACUUCUGGCUCUGGAAUACGAUCUCCCACUGGAAACGAUUGAAUCAUUGGCAAAGUACUACAACUCGCCAACGAUGGCCGAGGAGAUUCGAGAUGAGGCGGAUGCGAGGCAGGAAGACCAGGCGAAUCGUCAAGAUGAAAGAGCCCCUACCAAGGUAAGGGGUGUCUGGGUGGUGCCUAAGUUGCAGGAGCAGAUCUCGGGUUGA